GUCCCGCGGUACUCGUAGUGUUAGCUGCGACUCUGAGCGGGCGGUACGUGCGAAACAUCGGCUCCAGCUGGCUGACGGUAGAGCCCCCGAAACGGCACCUUUUUUCCGCGAAGCCGAGACCGCACCGAAAUUCCGAGGCAAUCGCCCAUCCCGAGUUGCAGAGUGCCCGACUAUCGCGCGUCCUUACUCGUCCUCGACGACGAUCGAGAGAUCGUUGAAAGUGCCGCACGUUGCGCGCCGCAUUGUGUCACGGCGUAACCGUGUACAACACGCGUUGGUCGUCGUCGUCGUCAUCGUCGGCACCGAGAAGGACAGACGCCGGUUAGUCGUAGGAGGAAGCGAGAGGAAGAGGCCGGAGGGCGUGCAGGAGUGACGGAGAGGCAGCGACCGACCGGGUGCCGCCGCGGAGAAAGGCAAAGCGGAAGGAUUACAUUAUUCGGGCAACAUGGCCACUGCGAUCGACGACCGGCAGGAGCUGUUGGAGCAGUUCCAAGCGAUCGACGCAAACGGAGAUGGCUUCAUCAAUGUCACCGAGCUGCGGAGUGCAUUGGAUGUUUGCGGCUUCAAGAUGCCUGGUUACAAGGUACGUCAGAUGAUCGAGGAGUACGACGAUAAGCAGCGGUUGGAGCACAAGGGUCGUCUCUCGUUUGAGGAAUUCGAGAAGCUCUGCAAGGAGCUGAAGGCCAACGAACUGGGCUCCACAUUUAAGCAGGUCGUCUCGAAGAAGGAGAACCUCGAGACUCUGGGUGGAAUAUCCGAGGCGUCCAGCGAGGGCACCACGCACUCCGUCAGACUCGAGGAGCAGCUAGCGUUCAGCGACUGGAUCAACACUAAUCUGUCACAUGAUCCCGACUUGAAGCAUCUGUUGCCUAUCGAUCCCGAAGGGAAAACACUUUACGAUAAAGUCAAAGACGGAAUAUUGCUCUGUAAAAUAAUUAAUCAUUCCUGCCCGGACACCAUUGACGAACGCACAAUCAAUAAGAAGAAUAUGACGCUGUACAAAAAGCACGAGAAUUUAACGCUGGCUUUGUCUUCGGCUCAAGCUAUAGGUUGCAAUAUCGUAAACAUCGACGCUCACGACUUAACCAAGGGUUCGCCUCACCUAGUACUCGGCUUGCUCUGGCAAAUUAUCCGAAUCGGUUUGUUCAACCAAAUCACCCUCGAGAAUUGUCCCGGUUUGGCUACAUUGCUGCAGGACGGUGAACGAAUUGAGGAUCUUUUGAAGCUCUCACCGGAGUCUAUUCUGCUCAGAUGGGUGAAUCAUCACCUAGAGAACGCCGGUAUCGCCAGACGGUGCAACAACUUCCAGUCCGACAUAACGGACUCUGAGAUCUACACCUAUCUCAUCAAGCAAAUUGCACCGAAUUCCGCUGGCGUCACUUUGGAGGCCCUGAUGGAGCCGAACCACAUGUCCCGUGCGGAGAUCAUGCUUCAGCAGGCGGCGAAACUCGGCUGCCGCACCUUCGUGACGCCCAGUGAUGUCGUAAACGGCAUUUACAAACUGAAUCUGGCCUUCGUCGCGAACAUGUUCAACAAUUAUCCCGGGCUGGACAAGCCUGAGAGUAAUAUCGAAGGCCUCGAAUCCCUGGAGGAGACGCGCGAGGAGAAGACUUACAGGAACUGGAUGAACUCGAUGGGCGUGACACCGCAUGUCAACUGGCUCUACUCGGACCUGGCAGACGGUCUGGUGAUUUUCCAGUUGUACGACAUCAUCAAGCCGGGCACCGUAAACUGGAAUAAGGUGCACAAGAAAUUCUCGAAGCUGCGAAAGUUCAUGGAGAAGCUGGAGAACUGCAAUUACGCUGUAGAGCUGGGCAAGCAGAUGAAUUUCUCGCUAGUGGGCAUCGCCGGGCAGGACCUCAACGAUGGAAACGCAACCCUGACAUUGGCUCUGAUAUGGCAGUUGAUGAGGUCAUACACAUUAUCGAUUCUGACAUCUUUGGCCGGUACACAAGGAAGCACCUUGGUGGAAAAAGAGAUCGUCCAGUGGGUCAACUCGAAACUUCAGGCCGCCGGUAAGACCAGCAGUAUCAAGGGAUUCCAGGAUUACGCGAUAUCAGACGGCAAGGUCGUCAUCGACCUCAUUGAUGCCAUCAAGCCCGGUUCGGUGAACUACGAUCUCGUCAAGGAGGGUGGAACUGAGCAGGAGAAUCUGGACAAUGCCAAGUACGCGAUAUCCUUGGCGCGGAAGUGCGGCGCGCGCGUCUACGCUUUGCCGGAGGACAUCACCGAGGUGAAGCCGAAGAUGGUGAUGACUGUGUUCGCCUGCCUGAUGGCGAUGGAUUACAUCCCGAACAUGGAUUCCGUGAAGAAUCAGCAGAACAACGUGAAUAACGUGAACAACGUAAACAGCGUGAACAACGGCCAAUAAUGUCGCGCCAACCGCCGCCGCGCCGUGUCGUCGUCCCACCUACGUGCCGUCUGUCUUUUAUACACAAGAACCUUCGAUAUCGGGCCGCGCCGCCACGCGCCUCUUCCACGAGCGUAAUACCUGUAUAUACGUAGGCUAGGAUAGCUUGUUUUCUUGAAGAGAGAAAAAGAGAGAGAGAGAGAGAGCGAAUACUACUACUUAGGAAGAAUCCACGAGACGAGAAGGGGAAGUCCUCGAGCAUCCCUCGUUAAACCGCAACAACGCCAUUCGACCGCAAUGUUCCGGACUUGAUGCAAGUACUCGAGAUUUACGGGACGUAAAGUGUAUCUAUUCGCAGGCUAUCAUCAUCGUAGCACUUGGAUUGGCGCUGUUUAAGCACCAAACACUCUUCUGCUACGUGUAGCAGCGUGAUCACCGUGUGUCGUUGCGUGCGCGAUGCGGGACUCCUCUUCUCCGUUGUUUUCGCAAUCAUAUCACACUCGUUUCCACACAUUUACUACUUGUUGUACCACGUCAGAUUUGUAUAAAUCGAUUUUAUACCGUAAAUGUAACUUGAAGCAGUAGAUGAAGAGAGCACAUUAGGAAUCAUCGCUAGGAACAUUGAAAACGCAUAUUGCAACAUUCAGAACACACGCACGGUAUCCUCAAAAUCCAUGACCUUAAUUUAACGAAGAGAAAAACUUUGAGAAAAACUUCGGUUUUCAGUCGAGUCUAAAGACGUUAAGUAUCGAAUCGAUAAAAAUUGUAGUGAAUGAUGAUCUCUCUCGAAAUAUUUCCGCAGAAAAGUUCGAGGCCGAAGAAUCAGAGGAUCCUGGAACGUUCUGUACAAUUAAGCAGGUUCUUUUUCAAGCAGACCAUUCUGUCUUCUGGCGUGUAGAGUCAAAACGACAGUUCGACACCCGAAUUACGUGCAGUACAGUAAGAGACAAACUUAACACGAGAUACAUAUACGUAUCCGAUAGCGUAGACGUAAGAGGACUUGUGAUCUAUUUCAGCUCUGUUGUUUUGCGUGCUCUCAGCGCGAUUCACAAUGUCCAUCAGGUUUGUCAUAACGGUCUAAGGCUUCGUCGGCUUCGUUUCUUGCGCAUCAGUGUCGCACGAAGGGACGUUACAUUGAGCGUAAAUUUACGGCUACAUGCAGAUCAUAUACCUUUAUAUUUCUUUACGUAUAUUUACUCGAGAAUAUAUAUCGAUGAGAGAACUCUUUUUCUAUAUCCUGUCGGGCUCUAAAAAGAGAAAUCCGUUUCUGAAAUGGGAAGAGAAGGCCUUUGAUAUUUCACGCUUGAAGAGUCUGCCCACAUCAUUCCACGUGGCGAUAGCUUCUAUGUCAUGUUAAUGUACUCGAGAUACUGUGUAUUCGAAAAAGAAAAGUGUCAAUGACGGAUUGAUUAUGUGCGCUACAAACGGACGGCAAUGGAUAAUGAUGAUAUGUAGUAACCCCACGUUGACGCACAAAAAUCAUUGUAAUCGUGCCAUUAAUAAGUAUUGAACUGUAAAACGUGAUUCGAUAUUUACGCGAUAUUUAUAAUUUGAAUUCGGAUCGAGGCGAAUAAAUGCUAAAGCGAAAUCUGCGAAAUUGCUCUCUGAAAGCAAGGGGAUUACGAAGAAACGUGGAUUCCUCUUGAUUUAUGCGUCUCGCAAUUUGUUUCAUGCGCAUCAGGUGUGCAGAUGUUGGAUUGUUUUAAGAAAACGAAUGUUCCAUAUGACCGAACAAAAAGGCUCGGUCAAGCUCGAGAAAGUGUCCGAAACUCUUUUAGGAAUAUUUUAGAGUAAAUCUUGUUACAUAUGAUUUAAAACUUUUGUGUGUCGAAUUUUAGAGAUCGUUACGAAGAUGGCAAAUUAAAAGAAUUAUUAAAAAAAUUAGUCAUGCCUCUCCUAAAGAAACUGCAAUCAUGCAAUUGUCGUUGACUUGAACUAAGUUGGAUCAUUGAUUAAUUGUGUAUAUAUAUAGAUAUAUAUAUAGCGGACGCUGACUGAUCGUAUCAGAAGACGCGAUGGAAUUAUUUACAAUGAAUGUAAUGAAGUGCAAUGCGUGUUAUCGAUUUGUAUAAAUGUUUCUAUUACAUCUCCAAAUUUAUUCGCUUUGUCGAUAUCAUUGAGUUCAUUGUCUUAAUUGAUUAAGGUAUCGUAUCAUUAUUUCAAUAGGAAACGAAGUAGUAUGCGCGUGGACGUGUGAUUGCAACGCAUUCGUGUAAUACAUACAGACUGAAAUCUGCGUUCGAGAUGAGCGAGAGCGAAAAACUGAACAAUAAAAUUUUGCAUCCGAAUGCAGAUUCCGAAUGUUGAUCCUGCAUUUUCGAUCGAGUAUACACUUGCGAUUCAGAAAUUCUCGAGGGCCAUCUGCAAUUCGAUUAAUUAAAGCUAAUUAUAAGUGUCGCGAUCAUUGAAUAACACCGAAUAAUCAUUGUAUACGUAUUUCAUAUACAGACACAAGCGCACGCGCGCGUACACACAUACACAUACUCGUGCAUCCCAUAUUGUGUGUGUAUGUGGACAUGUGUCCGUCGUUCUAGUUAUAAUUUAAUGUAUACGUAAUUUAAAUACAAGAAUUUACUAUG